AUGAGUGAGAGCGGUUUGGGUGUGGCAGGUGCGGACUUUCUGCUGGCGGCGUUGGAGGGUUGUGUUUCGGAGGUGGUGGAGUGCGUUUCGGCAGCAAGUGCCUCGUUGCGGGCGUUGCCAUCAGCGCAGGAGGCGUUUUAUUUGACGGAGCGGCAGUUGAGGCGACGGUUGCGCGUGGUGGGUGCUGCGGGUGUGAAGGCGAAGGGAUGGAAGGCGGCGAGUGGGAGUUUGAAGUGCGAGAUGUUGGCAUGGUUGCGGUGCCGUGAGGGGUUAAGUGGGAGUGCAGCGGCGGCCAAGUUGGCGGCGCGUUUCUGGACGUCGCCAAGCGCAGCUCGCGAGUUGUGCGACGCACGGUCCGACUGGUGCGCACUACGGCGCGCCGUGCGCGUCCUCCACGCGCAGGCGAGACGCAUGGACGCCGCACAGGACCGUGACGCGCACACCACACCCGCCGAACUCUUCCUCUGGCAAAAAGCAGACACAUGCGGUCGGUGGGCCGCGACUGGCGCGCGGUCACGUUUCGCACUCUGCUACAACAGCCUCAUCCAACAAUACUUCCUCGCAUUGAACACGCGACCACGCCAUCGCCGCACACUCACACGCCCACACCGUGGCACAAGGCAACACAGCCCCACGUAG